CUUCCGAUCUCUCAACAUGGCGCCGCUCAAACAAAAGAGACCAGCUGUUGGCAAAAAGGCCAAAAAAGGAGCUUCAUGGAAGUUCACGCUGGACCUGACGCACCCCGUGGAGGACGGGAUCCUGGACUCUGCAAACUUUGAAACCUUCCUCAAAGAGAGGAUAAAGGUCAACGGAAAGACGGGGAACCUGGGAAACAUCGUGCAGGUCGGCCGCAUGAAGAACAAGAUCAACGUCACGUCGGAGAAGCAGUUCUCCAAAAGGUAUCUGAAGUACUUAACGAAGAAGUACCUGAAGAAGAACAACCUCCGUGAUUGGCUGCGAGUGGUGGCGUCCGACAAGGAGACGUACGAGCUGCGGUACUUCCAGAUCAGUCAGGACGACGAGGAGUCGGAGGCAGACGAGUAAACAGCUGUCCGUGUGUCAGGAGAAUAAAUGUGGAAAACGA